UUACCUAAAUCGCAACCAUCCACAAUGAAACUAAAGAUUAAAAUCAAUCUCAACUUUUUUGUUUUUCUUUGUUUUCUUUACUUAAUUGACUCAAUUCAUUGUGCUGAUUUUAAAUGCCCUGAAAGAGGUGAAGUCGGUGGAUUAAAAGUUCCAAAUGUUCUCAGUUUGAUUGAUAAACAAACAGGUUAUCAUGCUUCAGUUGAAAUUACUAAUCCACUCUAUUAUAACGCUAUGGCCGAUGAUUAUUAUGAUGGGGAAAACGAUGUUGGGUUCGUUGACUACAAAGCAAAGAUUCAAGAUAAAGUGAAUCGACGUUAUUAUUAUCACGCAACAGAGGAAAAGAUUGCAGUUCAAGGAAAUACAUGUGAAAGGUUGGACUUAACUAAGGACGAGAAAAUCAAAUCGAUCAAAGAGUGGUUUGAACCAAAAUUCAUUGUCGACUAUUCAGAUAUAUUUCAAGAUUUGUCUCAUUUAGGACCAACAGUGUUGAUGAUUUAUGCCAACAACAUUAGUGACAAAGCUUCAUUCGUAGGAUCCGAACUGGUUGAUGGUCGUACUGUUAAUCACUGGUUUUAUUGUACCAAUCCUAAUGGACCUUACAUUGACUUUUACUUUGAUGUUAAGACCUCAUUGCCUCAUCGGUUCUCACUGUAUUAUCCUGAAUGGAUUGUAGCUCGAGAAGGCAUGCAGCAAGCGGAUAAAGAUUCAAAAUAUGUUUACAAUUUUUUAAUGUUCAAACCGCUGGUCAUAUCAGCGACUGAUCCAGUUCCUUAUCCAUUGGGUUAUGGAUGUGCUCGCAAAGGCACUCGUCCAUCUACUCCAUUACCAGAUUUCGGUCAAUUUAGAGAGUUUACUAUGGAUAUGGAAGCAGUAAUCACAUAUUCCAAUGUUGAUCCUAUCAAGUCAACUGCUCGAGUAAUGAAACGAGGCGAUGUUAUUUCAUACGAAAUUAAAGAAGGAACUGAUUUCGUGCAUUCCAUUGAAAUGUCUCCUCCUUUAGGGCGAUUCCAAGUAGAUAGACGCACUGGUCGAUGUCAUUAUUAUACAUCAGAUUAUUCUGAUGAUGUUACACUCAUCACUCGUUGGCCUUUUCAUCAAGAUCGUGGCUUCAAUCUAUUGUAUUAUCUGGUAAUGAAACCAACUCAAGAUUAUGCACCGACUUUUAUUGCUGAAAUACCUUUAGGAUCUCUUCGAGUGGAGGAAUACAGAGCAGCUAACUUCUUCUCGAAUAGAGUCGAUGCCAUUGUUGACUAUUAUUAUACAAAGAAUGUCAGUUUUUAUGUUCCAAGUAAAGUCAUAUUUACCGCAGAUCGAAGGGAUGAUAUUGGUUCUGAUAUUCCAACACAAGUUGAAGUAACUAUAAUUAAUUACCAAGAAAGGAACAUUGAUUAUAAAGAUCAAUUCGAUGUUUCUGGUUGUUAUGAAGAACCUGGAAACUAUACUUGGUUUCAACUUCUCUUUUCAGAUCCUACGGUGAGUGAAAAAUAUAUGCCGAUGGUAAAGGAAUCGGCAGAAGAAGCCUUGAUUUCAUUCAUUCCAAUAACUCGAAUUGGUGAGAUUCAUGCAAAAAAAAUUGAUUCUAAUACAUAUGUAACUGUUAAGCUUUAUGAUCGAGUACAUUUCAUUGAUGCUUAUCGUAGUUGGAAUCAAUAUAAAAUUAUUAAUCCUUCAAAUGUUGUAAAAAGAUUCAAAGUCGAAGACUGUGAACAACUGUGCACAGCAAAUGCCGACUGUCAUGAUUUUAGUUAUUGUGACGAUUAUGAUUGUUCAAUUUCUACUCGUGAUUAUUAUUAUGUCGAGAGAGAGUACAAACAAGGUUGCACAUAUUAUUCUAGAUCUGAAACGGAGGUAACUCCACUCGUUAAUAAAAAUUAUCUUUCAACCACGUCUCACAUAUUACAACAAAUAAGUGAUAAAGUCGCAGCAGGCGAAUUUCGUUUAAUUGGUUCCGGCAUCACAGCUGAAGAUUUGUUCAUUGUGAAUGGACCUGAAGAGAUUGGUGACAUUUCACAGGAACUGUAUAGACGUGGUUCCAGACCCUUAAGAGGUGAAGAUUUUCCGAUGUUCCAAACUGAUCGCCAUUUCAAGGAAGCACAAUUUACGAUCCAGAAAAGUACUCUUCAAAAUUGUUUCCAGGCUUGUUUAAAUGAUGAUGAUUGUAAUACACUUUCAUAUUGUGUUGACCAGAAUAAGGAAUGCAUUCUGAGUGGAGAAACAUCGAGUUCAUUGAAAGAUUCCCUUGAUGACAAAACAAGCCAUGCAGAUGGAUGCAACAUCUAUCAAAAAUCAUUUAUAAAUCUAUUCCAUGAGUAUCCUGGAAAAAGUCUAGUUUUGGAUGCUGUCUCAACCAUAUCUGAUGUACCAAUUGGUGAUUGUGCUAAAAGAUGCGCUCAAUCAAGUGACUUCAAUUGUGAAUCAUUUGAUUAUUGCCAAGAUAAUUAUCAAAGAAAUGAAUCUGUUUGCUUCUUACAUAUCUACCACAUUGCGUUAGAUAAAACUCAUCAAAUAAAUGCGACAAACUGGAAGGUGGCUGAAGCUGGAUGUUCCCAUUACUCAAAAAAAUCUGAACUUGAUUAUGAGCAUAAAGUUGGACUUGCACUGAAGGAUAAUGUGAAAGAGUCAAUUGUUGGGACCUUUGACCAUUUAUCACUAGAAGACUGUGCUUCCAAAUGCAAUUCAGAUCCUAAUUGUUUUACUCUCGAGUUUUGUGAAACAAUUGAUUAUAAUCAAGUUUCCGAUAGAAGUGUUUCAUUAACGAGUUGUUCAUUGACAAACUUGAAACCAAAAAAUGUUAAUCAACCUGGACUAUUUGAAGGGCCAAAAAGCACCAACAAAAUUUGCUCAAUUUACGUAAAUCACAAGAAGAUUACAGGAAAAAGUAAAGUUGAUCCACAGCCAUCUGAAUUAAUAAUAUCAACACCAAAGAAAUCAAGCGAUUCUAAUUUAGCAACCGGAUUGGGGGCAGUCGUAUUCAUAUUGGCUUUUGCUGGUGGAUUCAUUGGAUUUAAAUUUGCUGCUAAAAAAGGAAUCAUUUCAUAGAUGCCAAAAAUGAACAUUAUCAGAGGAAAACUGAAAAUGAAUCUUUACGAUUAAUUCAAUCAUAAUCAAUAUGAUACACUUAUGUAAUAUAUUAUGUAGUUUAUUUUGUAUUAUUACACGUGUAAUAUGAUCUUUACUGAUAUACACUUGUUCUACAUAUGUUUGGAAAAAUUCUCAUGACUUUCAAUCCAAAUUAUUCACUAAAUUAUCUUGAUUAUUUGAUUUA